AUGAAGUUCACUAGCACGAUCGUUUCACUCUCGCUCUUUUGUGCCGGUUCACUCGUGGAAGCCGCGCACAUCUCCAACAUACACCGUCUCAAGCAGGCCCAAGUCCAUGGUCGUCGCAGUGGUCCCUCUGCGACGUACACCUCUAUAACGGCGUCUGCCACCGCCUCCGGGACGCCCACGUCCAGCUCAUCCAGCUCGGCUGCGUCGGCGACGUCGACAGGGACCUCCUCCGGUUGCUCCUUCUCGAGCGGCAUCAAGCGAGGACUCUCGUUCAACGACGCGUCGCUGACCGAACAGUUCACUUCCUCGCAGAUCAGCUGGGCGUACAAUUGGGGACAGACGUACUCGGGCAACCUCCCGGACAACGUUACAUUCAUUCCCAUGCUCUGGAGUGACUCCGACACGUACACUAGCACAUGGCAAACCAACGCCCAGGCUGCCAUCGACAACGGGACGGAAUACCUGAUGUCUUAUAACGAGCCUGACCUGAACACGCAGGCCAACAUGACGCCCAAGCAGGCCGCCUCGUCGUGGAUGACUUACAUGGAGCCGUUUGCGGGCAAGGCCAAGCUCGUUGGUCCUGCCAUCACGAACGGUGGCUCGCCCAUGGGAGAGGCCUGGCUAGACGCGUUCAUCGGUAAUUGCACGCAGUGCACGAUCGACGUGUACGCGAUGCACAUCUACGACUCCGCGACGAACGAGGCGUACUACCAGCAGUACAUCUCCGACUUCGCCAGCAAGUACAACAAGACGGUGUGGGUGACCGAGUUUGGCGCGACCGGUAGCGACUCCCAGGUGCAGACGUUCCUCGGCGACAUGGUCGGCUUCCUCGACGGACUUGAUGGCGUCGGAGCAUACGCCUGGUUCAUGGACGAGGUCGGCAACCUGGUCAACAACGACGGCAGCCUCACCUCGCUCGCCGAAACCUACGUCGCCUAA